UUCAGCAUUACCAAUCUAUUAUUUUCCAGAUAUAAUAUAAGAAUAAUACUGAAAUAUUAUUUUUAUAUAAUAUUAUUGUUUAAUAAAUAUUUCUAUAUUAUUAUAAAAUCUUAAUACUUCAUAUAUUAAAAACAAAAUCUUUAUUUUGAAAUUUAGAAAGUUUAAAAUCAUUUGGCGCUAUAAUCUGGUGACAUUAUAAAUGUAAAUGUUUAGAAUACUGCUUUACUGUUGUUUUUACAUAAACGUCAAGAUCUACAUUUGUAGCAUUCGGUGUUCUAAUAAAAUUAAUAGGAAGAUAGUACUUAUUCUGUGAUUGUUACAUUAUAAUUUAAAUAGAUAAAAAAUAGUGAAGUUUAAGUACAUUUUGAGAAAGAAAUCUUUCUAUUAGUGCAUUAUGCCUCUCCAUCGUUAUACUCAUGCAGUUUUAUGCAGAAUUCCUCUUUCACUUCGUACAAGAGGCGAGGUCACAUUAGAUGAAGCUAGAACUCAACAUUUGGCACUUGCUCAACUUUUACGAGAACUCGAUAUCGAUGUUGUUGAAAUGCCACCAGACGAAAAUUCACCGCUUUGUGUUUUUGUUGAAGAUAUUGCAGUUGUAUGCAAUGGUAUUGCACUUAUAGCUCGACCCAAUGAACCAUCGCGCCUAAAAGAGAUUGAGACAAUUAGAGCUGUUUUGAAGAAGGAAUUGGAAAUUCCUCUUAUAGAAAUAGCCGAUAAAAAUGCUCGUUUAGAUGGAGGAGAUGUUUUAUUUACUGGUCGUGAAUUUUUUGUUGGAUUAUCUCAUUAUACAAAUGAAGCAGGUGCGAGAGCAGUUGCAGCAGCAUUUCCAGAAUAUCCCUGUGUACCUAUUAAGGUGGGUGAUGGUGGCGAAGAGGUGAUAGUGGAGAGUCUUACCUCAGCCCCAAUUCAGGUUGCUGAAUCCAAACGUCUUAAAGGUUUAGUUACAAUGGCUGGUCCAGAUAUUAUUUGUGUAGGUGCUGGAAAAGAAUCUCAAGAAGUUUUAAAGAGAAUUGAGAGAGAAGCAACUUAUAGUUACCAAACAUUAACUGUGCCUGAAGAUGCUGCAGCCAAUGUACUUUAUGUGAAUGGAACACUAAUUCACAGAUCAGAAGAUGAAAUUCCACAAUCAAGUAAAGUUUUUGCAGAAAAAAUUGAAUUUCCAACUAGAUCAUUACGUAUGUCUGAAUUAGCAAAGGUCAGUUCUGGUUUGACUUCUUGUUGUUUAUUAGUACGUAGACCCAGACAUAUUCGCAGUAUUUAAACCAAGAAUUGAAAAUACCUAGCAUAAGUGCUAGAAUUAUAUAUUGAUGUGAAUUAUAAAAUCAAGAGUUUAAAUAUUUCUAAUAGAAAAUGAUGUCAAAAUGCUGUGCAAAAACAUUAACAUAAUGACGUAGCAUAUAUACGUCACUCUAAAACUUUAAUAACUAUUUUAAUGUGAACAGAAAAGAUUAUUUUAUAAUUAUUUUAUAAAAAAAUUAUCUUAAUAUAAAAGAGAUUUUAUAUAAUUAAGAAGAUUAAUAUAUUUGAUUUUAAGAUAUUUACAGUAGAAAUAAUAUAUUAAAACUUUAUUAAUUUAAUUUAUAGAUUUAUAUGAUAUAAAAUUAUUACACCUAUCUUGCCAUUAAUGUGAGAUUUAUUUUUUUCUAAGAUUUUAUCAUGGCAACAUUAGAUAUAUAUUUUUAUAUUUUUAUGAUUUCAAACAUAUUUUAUGAUUAAUUAGUUAUUACCUUAUAUUUUACUUGAAUAAUAUAUGAAUGUUUAUUCAUAAUAAAUUUAUCAAAAUAUCAUAGAAAUUCAUAUUGCACAAAAUUUUUUUUACAAAAACAAAAAAUACUUUAAAAAAUUAAUUUAUAAAUUAAAUAAAUAAAUCAAAAAAAUUUUAAUGUAGCACAAAAAGAACAAAAUCAUAAAAUUAAAAUAAUAAUAAACUACAUCUAUAUCUUCUACUUUUGAUAUCUUGUGUUAAAUAGAAAUCAAUUAUUAGACAGUUAUUAAAAAUCAAUUAUCAGUAUUCUAAUAUCUUGAAUGCAUUUGCUACUAGUCUAUAAAAAGUGUUCAUUUAAUUAUUCAAAUAGAGCUCUUUUAUAAUGCAAUUAUAUACUGCAAAAUUAAUGAUAUAUAAAAGCACUGAUAGUUAAAAGUUAAUGCUGAUUCACAUUAUAGCAAAGUUACAUGAUUAAGAGUCUACGGAUCAAAAAAAAAUAAAUAAAUAAAUGAUGUGUAUAAAAACAAAUUUCAUAUAUAUACAAUAUAUAUUGCAACAAGCUUUAAAUUGUUUUGGCAGAGUUAUAAUAACAGUAGAAAAUUAAUAAUAGAAUUUGCAGUACUAUAAUAUAAUUUUUUAAUAUUCUUUAAACUCAUGACAAUAUUAUAAUAAGUUUAUUGUAUUUUUAUAUAUUUUAAUAUGCAUUUUCAUAUUAAUCCAUAUAUUUGUAUUUUGUGAUUUUUAUCUUCUUUUUAUUAUAAAAAUAUUGCAUUUCUUUGAAUUUUGUGAUAAAAAUAGUUUUGCAAUGAAUAUUUUAUAAAUUAUAACAAUUGUAACUUUGAUAUUAUUUAAUAUGUUUCUUUAAAAAAUUUUCCAAAAUAUAUAGGCUAUAAAAUUGUAAACAAAAUAAAAAAUAUAUACUAUA